UACAUCUUAAAAUAGAUGUAAGUUAAUCAGCUGUGCCGGAUUUGUUUAUUUUUUGAUGGAGACGGCAAGCUCCCCAUAUCUCCAGGUUCUAAGAUAGAGUUGUUAAAUUAACAAGAUCAAGAGCUAAAAGACCGACAGAAUCAUGAGUUCGAGUUCCAUUAACUUUGAAAUAAAACUAAAACGGGAAAAUAAGGUCUACUAUGAAAAUGAUGUCUUGGUGGGUUGUGUGCAAUUUUCCUGCCCUUCGGAGGCAAAGCAUGAUGGCAUCAUAUUGUCCCUGGAGGGCAUUGUAAAUCUACAGUUAAGCAACAGCAAAUCCGUUGGUCUACUCGAUGCCUUUUCCAAUUCCCUUAAACCUAUAACACUGCUUAACUCCACAAUUGAUUUAUCUGCACCGGGAAAACUUAAUGCUGGCAUAUCCGAAUUUCAUUUUGAGUUUCCUCUGAAAUGCACCAAGGAACCUAAGGUGUUGUACGAAACCUAUCAUGGCAUGUUCAUCAAUAUCAACUAUCAAUUGCGUUGUGAUGUAAAGCGUAGCUUUUUGGCCAAAUCUCUGCAAAAAACCCAACAGUUUUGUAUACAAUAUAAACCCGAUGUGGAGCCAGUGCCACCGCCCAAGGAGGUAUGCUUCAGCAUAAGCCCCGAAAGUAUACAAAAGAAUUCCAAGGAACGUAUAACAAUGCCGAGGUUUUUGAUUACCGGAAAAUUGGAAAAGACCGAAUUUUGUAUCACCCAACCGUUGAGGGGGUGUUUAACGGUGCAGCAUACCGAGGCUGCAAUUAAAUCCAUAGAAUUGCAAUUGUUGCGUGUUGAGACCUGUGGCUGCAAGGAGGGCUAUGCCAAAGAUGCCACCGAAAUACAAACCAUACAAAUUGUUGAUGGCAACAUUUGCCCCAAAUUGGAGAUACCCAUUUAUAUGGUAUUGCCGCGUUUGUUCUCCUGUCCCACGUUGAUAACAAAGAAUUUUAAAAUCGAAUUUGAAGUCAAUCUGGUUGUUGUUUUCAAGGAUGAUUAUAUUAUCAGUGAGAAUUUUCCCAUUGUCUUGAAACGUUACAAUGGGCCAUUGGGCUCGAAGAAUGCUUCUAGAGGAAUUUAAAAAUCAGACUUAAAUAUAAUAACAAAUAUUUACAUAGAAUAUAAUGAAUUUAAAAGCUAGUAAUAUGCUGUAUAUCCAUUUAUGUAUAACCAGUGUAGGAAUAUUAUAUAAAUAGUUAUUGUGAUUUAAAUAUAUUAUUUUUAAUUUGA